AUGGAUGGGCCCCAGGAGCCCAUGACCUUUGAAGACUUGGCCGUGCACUUCUCCAAGGAAGAGUGGGCGUGUCUGGACCCCGUCCAGAGAGCGCUCUACAGGGAUGUGAUGCUGGAGACCUUUGGGAACCUGUUGGUGCUAGGGACCAAGAGACUCCCUCACCAGGAGAGAUGCAGCAGCCGGCUGCCGUCCACACCCACAAGCAUCCCCGGGAGGGGGUCCGGCAGGUGCCCGACCCUGCAGUCUCCGACGUGCGGUCGGCGCUCUCGCCGAACAGACGGACACGCGUUCAUCUGCGACACUUGUGGCAAAGCCCUGAGCAGCCACAGCCAGCUCCUCAGCCACGAGACCGUGCACACGGGCGCCAAGUCCCUCGAGUGCCUCCAGUGCGGCCAGGCCUUCCGCUGGGUGUCCAACCUCCUGCGGCACCAGCGGAACCACACGCGCGAGAAACCCUUCCGCUGUGAGCAGUGCGGCCAGGCCUUCCGCCUGAAGGAUCGGCUUUCACAGCAUCGCAAGGUGCACUCGGAGCAGAGGCCCCAUCGCUGCGCCGCCUGCGGCAAGGCCUUCAAGCAGCGCUCCAACCUGCUGCGGCACCAGCUGGCGCACACCGGCGAGCGGCCCUUCCACUGUGGAGACUGCGGCAAAGCCUUCCGCACCAAGGAAAACCUGACCCAUCACCAUCGGGUGCACAGCGGCGAGAAACCGUACACAUGCGCCGACUGCGGGAAAGCCUACCGCUGGCCCAAAGGCUUCAGCAUCCACCAGAGGCUGCACCGAGCCCAGCGUGUCUACACCUGCGACCUCUGCGGAAAGGGCUUCCGCCACCUCGGCUACUUCACGCGACACCAGAGGACCCACGGGCGAGGGGAUGUGUAG